AAGGAUCAAACGGGGCAGGGGGCCCUAUCCCCAGCUCUGCCGGCGAGGGGGUGGGGAGGGGGAAGGGUCACGUGGCGCCCCGCCCACUGCGCUGCUGUUGCCCUAACAUGGAAGUAUCCACCUGGCCAGGUGAUGCUAAUGCGGCUGGUUGGGCACCACGCUUUGAGAAGAACGAUCCCACCUGUAUCACACUGCAGCUGGAACCCUUUGUUUCUCUGCCUGGGACUCAGCAGCCCCUCCACCUGUAAAGUCUUCAAAGAGGAACUCCUGCUGGAUGGCUGAGUCAGCUAAGCUCUGGGUUUCAGGGCAGAUCAUGAUGAUCUCACGUACCCAGCAAUCAUAAUGUUGCCUAACUUGGAUCAUCUGCACUCAUCCAAGUGAAGUCCGAGUCACUGCAAGAAGCUUCCAUUUUCUUCCAACCACGUCAAGAAGUUUUCUCCUGGCUCUUCUAACAUGUGACUUUCAACUCAAGACCACUCCCGCUCAGUUUCACUCAGCUUAGCCAGGCUGCGCAGGAAUGGGAGCUGCAUGGCCCGCUAAUCCGGCGCACAAAAGCAGGCCUGCUGCUCCUUUAUUCUUCCGGGGGCUGGGCGCCGUGUUGAGCUCGACAGCUGAUCGGCUCUGGAACGUCCCAGCAGCGUGCCUGGGCCCCCCCGAUGUUUAUUUAGCUGCCCGCCGCCCAGGCGCACGGCCUCCCCGAGCCGGUUCGCGCGCGCUCGCCCGCACCGGAGCCAUGUACCGGCGCAGCUACGUCUUCCAGACCCGCAAGGAGCAGUACGAGCGCGCCGAGGAGGCGCCGCGCGCCGCCGAGCCCGAUAGCCUGGCGGAGGGCCGGACGGCGGCGCCCAGCCUGGCCGCGCUGCAGGGGCUCGGCGAGCGCGUGGCUGCUCACGUCCAGCGGGCCCGCGCGCUCGAGCAGCGCCACGCCGUCCUCCGGCGGCAGCUGGACGCCUUCCAGCGCCUGGGCGAGCUGGCCGGCCCCGAGGACGCCCUCGCCCGCCACGUCGAGGGCAACCUCCAGCGCGCCCGGGACCUGGCGGCCGAGCGCACGCGGCUGGAGCGCCAGGGUGCGGAGGCGCAGCGCGUGCUCGACGAGUUCCGCUGCAAGUAUGAAAACGAGUGUGAAUGUCAGCUGCUCCUAAAAGAAAUGCUGGAACGGCUUAACAAGGAAGCUGAUGAAGCCUUACUGCAUAACCUGCGCCUUCAGAUCGAAGCCCAGUUUCUGCAGGACGAUAUCAGUGCAGCAAAGGACAGGUACAAAAAGAAUCUUCUGGAAAUUCAGACCUAUGUCACCAUCCUGCAGCAGAUUGUCCAGACCACCCCUCAAGCAUCUGCCAUUACAAGUGGGAUGAGGGAGGAGAAGCUCCUGACGGAACGAGAAGCCGCUGUCCUGCAGAGCCAGCUGGAGGAGGGCCGGGAGGUAGUGUCCCUCCUGCAGGCACAGAGAGCCGAGCUGCAGGCCCAGACGGCAGCCCUGGAACAGGCUAUUAAAGAUGCCCACGAGUGUUACGAUGACGAGAUUCAGCUCUAUAACGAGCAGAUCGAAAGCCUGCGGAAGGAGAUUGAGGAGACUGAGAGGAGCCUGGAGAGGUCUUCCUAUGACUGCCGGCAGCUGGUGGUCGCCCAGCAGACCCUGAAGAACGAGCUGGAGCGGUACCACCGGAUCAUUGAGAACGAAGGCAACAGGCUGAGCUCUGCCUUCAUUGAAACUCCUGUCACCCUGUUCACCCCAAGCCAUGGAACCUUUCUCAGCUCUCGGCUUGGUGGGAAAGAUCUCACUAGGGCUGUGCAGGAUAUAACAGCAGCAAAACCAAGACAGAAAGGUCUCCCCAAGAACAUUCCAAGGAAAAAGGAGAUUAUAGCUAAAGACAAAGCUGAUGAGAGUCUGGAAGACAUACCACUGAAAGGUCCAGAAGACACAAAGCUGGUGCAGGUGGUACCCAAAGAGGAAGGUGAGUCUAAGCUUGAAUUAGGAGCCGAAGAAGCAAGUUUCCCAACCCCAGAAGGGGCUCCAGAAGACGUGCCAGAUGGAGGGCAGAUAAGCAAAGCCUUUGGGAAACUGUUCAAGAAGGUCAAAGACAAGGUGAAAAGCCCCAAAGAACCCGAACCUCCGGCUGACCUCUACACCAAAGGGCGGUACGUGCUGGUUUCUGGGGAUGCCAGUUAUGUGGACCCUGGGUUCUGUUCCUUCUCCAUCCCAGCCAAAGGCGGAGUGGUUAUUUCCAUUGAGGAUGACUCUGUACAUCGCGACAGCACUGUGGAGCCCUCUCCUGAGCCGCCCGGGCCCCCUGUGGAGAAUGGACAGGGGGACCUUCAGGAGAAGGAAGGCGGAAAGGCACCUAACCAGCAUACUGCCGACAAGAAGAAUGAGAUUAGUGCCGAAGAACCGAAAGGGCCUGGGGAGAAACAUGAUGACCAGAAGGAAGAGAAGGAAGAGGAGGAGGAGGAGGAGGAGGAGGAGGAGGAGGAGGAGUCCAAGGGGCCCUGUCCUGUGAUCACACCUGGUCCAGAGGGACCAUCUACACCCCAGUCGCAAAGGCCUGGGGUCGGUCAGGGUGGAUCUGGGGGGCAUACGGCUAGGAGCAGUGAUGCACAGGAGAGAAGUCCGCCCAGGACUUUGGCAUAUGAGAAGGUGGAAGUGAUGGAAUCCAUUGAGAAGUUUUCCACGGAGAGCAUCCAGACGUAUGAAGAAACGGCUGUCAUCGUGGAGACCAUGAUUGAGAAGACAAAGGCAAACAAGAAGAAAUCGGGAGAGAAGAGCUCUUAAAAUGCCCGGGGUCAGUGGGAAACAACGUCUUUGGGGCCACUGUAGGGGAAGUGCCUUGAUAUUUUAGAACAGAUGACAAAAGAGUGAAGGUUCCUUGUUUGGAUUAGACCAUAGUUGGCCCUUCUGACGUUGCCAAUGAAGCCUUAAUUAAAAAGUUUUCUUUGCUUGCA